UAUUUUCGCUUCGUUGUCUUUUGCUGCCGUUUUUCGAUGAGCGAACAGAAGAUUUACACAACAACCGGCCAUGUCUUCCAUCUGGAUCCCGUGAGCAAGACGGACUGGGUUGGCGUGGCUGCCGACGCCCUGACCAUCUCGCUCUACCGCGACGAAUCGCGGCGGACGUGUCGCAUUGUCUCCAUGUUCCAGAGCAAGGCCGUCAUCAACUGCUUCAUCACACCGGGAAUGACACUGGUCAAGUCGUCGUCCAAGUUCGGACAGUGGGAGGACGUGCGCGCCAACGUUCUGUACGGUGUCGGCUUCAAUUCUGAGGGCGAGCUCGACACUUUUGCCUCGCAGUUUGAGAAUGCCGCGGCCACCACAGUGCAGCUCCCGAUGCCUGGAGCUGCCGGAGCCGCUGCCAGCGCUGCAGCGAGCGCAACAGGAGCUGCAGCUGCAGCACAGACAGCCCAACCGGCCGUUCAGGUGCAGCAACAGCCUCAGCAAGCACAGGCGCAACCCGCGCAGCCCGCUCAGGCCCAGCAGCCGCAACAGGCAGCCCCACAGACCCAGCAGCAACCGGCCGCUGCCGCGAAGGCAGCCACCAACGGCACCCACGCACCCGCCUCCGCUGCUGGCUCAAACGGCGCCGACGCGAACGCAGAGGAUGACUCUAAUGCUGUUGCCUUGUACGACUUUGCCGGCAAGGACGAAACUCAGCUUGGAUUCAAGGCCAAGCAAAAGCUGUAUGAUGUGACUUCGACAACGCGCGAGGGGUGGUCGUAUGGCUCUAUUCUGAACGAGGAUGGAGUGACAAAGUCGUCUGGACUCUUCCCAACCUCCUACAUUCAAAUCACAAAGGCUGCCAGUGCCAACGCCAGUAACUCGGCAAUCUCAAGCGCGUUGGCCAAGCGCGCGCAAGAAGCACAGGAGCAGCAACUCAAGCAACAGCAGGCGGAAAAGCUCCAGCAGGAAAAGCUGCAGCAGCAACAGCUAUUACUACAACAGCAACAACAGGAAAAGCUCCAACAAGAGCGUCUUUUGCAGCAGCAGCAGCAGCAGCAACAACAGCAACAGCAACUACUACUACAACAACAGCAGCAGCAACAACUCCAACAGCAGCAAUUGCAACAGCAGCAGCUCCAACAGCAGCAACAGCUGCAACAGCAAAGGGUUGCCACAGGCUCUGCUGCGCAAUUCCCUCCUGUCAAUCCUCGAGGUGGCGGCUCUGAGCAACUCGAUUCUGAAAAGGAUGUCAUCAUCAAGCACCUGCGCGAGCGAGUGGAAAACUCGGAAAGGGCCAAGGCUGCUGCCGACGCCUCCAACCGUGAGAUAAUCGAGACUCUCCAGGGCGACAUUGCUUCAUUCAAGAAUGAGAACGACCGCUUGCUGGCUGCCCUCAAGGAGAGUAACCUGAGCGGACAGCAAUGGGAGACAGAGCUCAAGACAGUCAAGACUAACAAUGCGCGCCUGUUGACUGCUCUCCAAGAAUCGUACGCAAACGUCGAGACUUGGCGGACACAGCUGCUGGCCAUCGAGGAACACAACGCCAAGCUUCAAAAGAAGUUUAACGACGUUGAGCAACUGCUCAACCGCGGCGUGAGUCUGCUUCGCGAGUAAUUGCGCCUCUCGGGGUUUUUCUUUUGAAAAGAGCGAUACUUGCGUCCAGCAGCGCUUUUCUCCACCCCACCCCCCUCAAAAUUGUAUUUGCUUGACUGCUCCCAUUGAUGAUCGCGUUUAGGCGAGGCUUCCUUUGUCCCAUCGAUUGUUGUUGUUUUGCUUCACUGCCAGUUGUUUUUUGCUAUUCUCGCUCGAUUUUUUUGUGGCCGAUGAUUGUGGCGUUUUGAUUUUAUGGCACCUCUCUCCCCCCCCCCACCUUGUCUGGUUUCCUUCCUUGUCGUUGCAUGUCGUGUGAUGUUGAUGUUUGAUGAUUGAUGCUGGUGUGUAUGUUGUUUGUUUGUUUGGUUGUUUGACCGUGCUGGGUUUCGAGUCAUUUUGUUUUAACAAAGAACAAGAACAAAAACCUCCUCUCUUCUACCC